CACACCAUCUGCGGACAUUGCAGGGCAGCAGUCAUGUGCACGAUGAUGAACGUGAUAACAGCUUUAGCUCUUUCUUGUUUCUGCUGGAUUGCUGUCUCAGGUUCUGAGUUUCAGACCUCAGAGGUGCAGGCAGAUGAAACUGUCACUCUGCAGUGCAACAAGUUUUCCAAAAAUGAUGUUACGACUUUCUGGUUCAGACUGGUCAGCAGAACCACAGUCAACUCUAUCGCUGUUAUGGCUGCUACAAGUGUUAAUUACAACGCUGGAUUUAAAACUGGAAAAUUUGAAAUGACAAAAAACACCUCUGAUGUCUUUCUCAAAAUCAAACAAGUGGAUGUGUCUGACUCUGGGCUGUAUUUCUGUGGAUUUCUCUCAGAGGGACGCCUAAAUUCAAGCGUCAUGCAAUUAAAGGUUGGCGGCACCGAUGAGCCUCAGGAUGACAUGGACUGCAUCUCUAAACAGGCUCACGAAGUAGCAACGCUGACGAGUGUCACCCUGGGUGUUCUGUCUGUUUUCCUCUUAAUGCUCAUCACUGGUCUGGCUGUUCAAAACAUGAAACUUCAGACGGCAAAUAAAGAAGAACAGAAUCUGGACCACAGCACGAAUCAUGGAUCUGAUGAGGUGAACUAUGCUGCAGUGACAGUUCGACCAAAACCAAAAAGAAGAGAGAUAGAGCCGAAUGUGAUCUAUGCUUCCACCAGAUAGAAUCAGCAGGCGACUUGAACUGUCUGAUGAUGUUAUCAUGACUUAUUGGGGAAAUGAAAAACUCUUGUUAAGAAAAAAAAAACUAACUUUGCUGUGAUGAACCAAUGCUGACUGAAUUUUCGUAUGUGUUUUCCUGUUAAUUCUAAGUACUUACUUCGUCCAUCAAAGUCUAUUUAGCCAAACAAACAUGUAACGUGACUGUUAAUGAAAUGGAAAUCUGCACACGACCUGAACGGAAACAGUCGAUACUUGGUGACUACAAAUGUUCUUGAAAAAUAAAGACUACAUUCAUGUGGGACAUGGAUAUAACUGUGACUGGA